AUGACCUUAACGUCGACGGCCGGGCGGCCCUACGGCCAUGUCGCACAGAUCAUUCAGAAUCGCCUCUUCUUCGGCUCGUUUCAUGAAGUUCCGAAGAACGACGAACAUACAGUGCAUGCGAGGAUUGAUGAACUAGUCACGUACCAUCCCUUCUACUCGGACUUUGGCCCAAUUAACCUGGCCGAACUCUACAAAGCUUGCUUGUUUAUUGAUAAUCUAUUAAAAGUAAGUUGUUUUAUAAAAUUAAAACAAUUUUUAUAGAGUUAUUUGACAUUUGAAUGAAAACUAUAAUGCCAUAGUAAUUUUUAUACUUAAUAUUUUUAACAUUUCAGGAAAACCCCAAGCGACGAGUGGUAAUUUGCAGCGAUUCAAAUGACUGUAACCGAGUUAACGCUGCUUUUUUGGUGGCAAGCUACAUGGUAUGUUAUUUUAUUAUCUUUUUUAAUUUUUAGUCAAUGUAAUUAUGUAAAAUUUCUUAAAAUCAACAAUUUCAACAAAAUUUGGUAUUGUAAAAUACGUUGAACCAUUCUAAUUCGUUUUAGGUGAUCUACCACAAAAUCUCAGCGGACCAAGCCUAUCUUCGAGUUCAGCGUGCCGAGCCUCCAGCCUUCAUCGGCUACAUUGAUGCAGCAUUGGGAGAGCCCAGCUACCUUCUUCAUCUACAACAUACCAUCAAAGCUGUGGAAAAGGCUUUAAAGUACAAAUGGCUUGACUUUGACAACUUCGAUGCAGAAGAGUACGAAUACUACGAAAGAGUUGAGAACGGUGACUUGAACUGGAUCAUUCCGGGCAAGAUUCUUAGCUUCUGCGGCCCACACGAUCGGUCAUACAUUCAUAAUGGUAGGGAUGAUAUAAAUUGUCUGUCUUCUGGUAUAACUUCUUUAUCUUAUUUCUACUCUAUACACUUUAAUAUUGCUUUAUGACGUGGUUUUUUGAUAACUUGUAUUCUGACAAUCAAUGUUAUUUGGGCUUUCUAUAAUAAUGAUAAUAAAUUUCUGCUUUUAGGUUAUCCAUAUCACGCACCUGAAGUAUACUUUGAUUACUUCCGAGCCAAUGGAGUUUCGACGAUUGUACGGCUGAAUACAAAGCUAUACGAUAGGAAACGGUAAGUUUUUAAAAACAUAUCGUGAUUUUAUUGUUUAGGUAUAAUCAGCAUAGUUGUUAAAAAGUGUUAUCUCUCUACUAAAAAUAUUCAAAUUGGUCCCCAUGAUGAUUAAAACAUUGAAAACCCAGGUUAUAAUCUUCAAAUUGCAGAUUCAUUGAAGCAGGAUUCGACCAUCGUGACCUCUUCUUCAUCGAUGGUUCCACACCAACUCAAGAAAUUGUCCACAAGUUCCUGGAAAUCGUGGACAAUGCCAAAGGUGCCGUUGCAAUCCACUGCAAAGCCGGUCUCGGCCGAACCGGAACCUUGAUUGCCUGUUGGAUGAUGAAACACUGCAAAAUGACCGCUCCACAAUGUAUGGCAUGGUUGAGGAUAUGCAGGCCCGGAUCAGUUAUUGGCCCGCAACAACAAUUCCUAAUCGAUCGGCAGUCAUGGUGCUGGAAACAAGGUAGUACACAGGGCAAACACAAGUCUCCAUUGAGAGUUCCGGCUAAAACAGAGGACGAGAAGAACGCGAAUGCCGUGGAGAUAUCGCUGGACGCGAAGCCGGUCCCUAAAACGAGUAUUGGGAAUGUUAACAAUGGCAAUAUUGAUGAGGUAUGGGUGUUUUUGAGAUUUUUUUUGAAUUUUAGGUAACAAACAAGGUUUUUAUGGCAAUUUUUUAUGAAUAUGCUAUUCUUGACAUCUGAAGAGAUGGUCGUUUUAAAGUCUAUGAACUUUUCAAUUGUAAAAAUCUUCAAAGUGUCAUUAUAAACUUAUUUUUAGACCGAAAUCAAUGAUAAAGGUCAAAGUCAAGGUGAUCGUUUGAACGAAAUGAAACUCCGAUCUCAGCGUGUUGUAUCCAAGCCAUCAGACGCCUUUAUCAGCCCAACAUCAGCCGGUUCUUAUCAGCUACCCAGUGCCACAACCCCGAUUAAACAGCUAAAGUUGUCCACAUCGCCACGAUCGCCUCCAGAUCCCUACAAGAAGAAUUCGCUCAGCUUCAGAAUGCCGGUAAGUCGACUAAUUGUAUGCUUGGUUAGAAUCACAUACUACUGUAACAUCUCGUACUGUUUUGAUUUUUUUGGGUCAAAAAUUAGUGUCAUUUUUAAGUUUGAAGAUCUUCAACAGAAGAUUACGAUUUUUGAAAAAAAAUUGGCACCUGAUAUGUUAUAGUAGUUAUUGCGCUGUGGACACUGUAAUUUUAUGCACCAAGUCGCUUUGUAACAUGUCUGUUGUACAGGCAGUCCAAAGGCUUAAAAUAUUAAGUUUUUCAAAUAAUUAUGUGCCCCUGACCAGAAAUGUGCUUUGAGAGGGGCACAUAAUUAUUUGAACGACCUAAGAUAAAUAGUUUUGUGUUUUGGUGACUAUACUACAGAUAUGUUACCACGUAACGCUGUUUAUGGUAUCAUAAGUCGGGCCCAGUGUUUUUGGAUAUCUUGCACUGUGCAAAGACAAAAAAUGCCAUUUUUAGUAUAAGUAAAGUUUUUUAAAACUUUUUAGGUCUAUAAACUAAUAAAAUAGUUUAAUAUUGCUCAAAAAGUGUAUAUAAAUGUACUUGUGUGGUAAUAGUUACCCCUGAUUUAACUAUAACAUAAACUGCACGGCGCAACUUUUCCCAAAGCUUUUUGACCGCCUUCAACCAAUAAUAUAUGUUGUGUACCGUGUCGUAGGCUUAAGCUGGCUGUAUGUUCAUUUCUUGAAUGUUGUGGGGUUAUUUUUGGCUUUAGCGGCGCGUUGUUAACGUUCCUGGUGAUGGUAAUGUUGUGGAUGGUCGGGCGGUGAUUGUGCCCUCCCCGCACACCAAAUGCCACAUUCUCUAACACACUCCACAUUCAGCACACACUCUAUAUAACCCCCCAAAAAUUUCCUAACACACACUUUUCAUUUUCGAUUGUUGUUGUUUUUGCACGUUUACAGUAAUCUACAGUAGUUUUUUUUGCAUAUUGUGAUGGUGGUAUUUGGUAUGAUUGAAGCGUUAUGACGAAUUGUGGUUGUGAAAAGUAUAGUUUUGGUGUUGGUGGUGUAGUGGUUGAUAGUAAAAAUGUUUUGGGGUAGAAAUUCAGGUCAAGGCGGGAGGUGACGUCAAGUUAAGUGGCAAAACUACUGGAAGGUAAAGUACCAUUCAGUGCGACACCUACUAAAACCGACUUUACUUUUUUGUUAUUAGGUUAUUGAAAUAAUUGUGUGCUCUCUAACUUCGCAACUUUGUUUUGAGAAGGGGCUCAGAAUUAUUUGAACAACCUAAUAUAUCCCAUGUCAGCUUGACUUUUCUUAUACUUUCUAUUUACUAAAAAACUUUUAACAAGUAGCACUGUACCUUCAAAUAUCCCAAAUACCACCUAUCAUGUAAAUAAUAAAGUAUAUAAUUUAUAUAAUAUAUAUACAUAUCAUGUAUACAUAAAAAUAUAUGAUUAUAUAACAUAUAUAUACAAGUAUAACAUGUACAAUAGUAUGUAUUGUGGUUGAUGUGUAAAUAUUGUUGUUAAAUAAAUAUUGUUGGCUAAAAGUAUGGACAAUGUUUUUCUUCAGAUCUCCAAGGUUAUUGUGGCAACCACGCACUACAAAAGCUCCUCGCCUCGGAUCACCACCAUUAAAAGGUAUGUUAACAUAGCUAUUGCUGAAUUGAAAAAAAAGCUUUAAUUUUGAGUUUGUCGAUUAAAAUAACAAAGGUUUUAAGACUAAAACGUAUUUUACAUUUAAAAAAAUUUAAAAAUAGGGAAGAAAGAGAUGAUUUGUUAACAAAAUGUGUUUUUGAAGUUCUUCUUUUACUAAAAAAUAAAUCAUUUUAAUAUCAGGUCCUUCAAAUAAUUCUGUGCCUCCUAGUCUUGAAAAUUUGCUUUGAGAGUGGGCACGUAAUUAUUUGAACAGACCAGUAUCUUUUGUACCAACAAACUAUAAAAUUCCAUGCCAUUUUAGCCAAAGAAAACGAUAGGCCUGUUAGACAACAUAAGACAGUAAAAUACGAAAAAAUGUAAAAUAUUUUUAAAAUUUUCAGUGCACGCCCGUCUCCGUACACGUCCAGUCCAGGGAACGCAAAAUACGCGCUUCGGCCGCGAAAAACGCUCAGUAGCCCGAUUCGUUACGAUCCGACGACAGAGAAGAGCAACAUCAGCAAGGUACUGGUCCGUCAUCACAAAACCUCACCGCUAACUCCAGGACGCUAUAAUCGGAUCUGA